AUGUCCCUGCUAUGUGUUGGAGUAAAGAAAGCCAAGCUGGAUGGACCUCAAGAGAAGUUCAACACCUAUGUAUCUCUGAAGGUACAGAAUGUGAAGAGCACUACCAUCGCUGUCAGGGGCAACCUGCCUAGCUGGGAGCAGGACUUCAUGUUAGGCGUUGAGUGUUGUAACAGUGUUGCACCAGAGAAGCUGUUAUUACAUGGAGGGAAGGGGGUCAGGUACACCCUUAAUGAGGACACCUUACCAGAAAAGGCGUCUGGGGUGGAGGCGGUUGGAGAGGUGGUCAUGCACGUGGAGGUCUUACCCCAGCCCAAUGGAGAGCACAAGGUCACAGUGAAAGUGGUGUCUGCCAACGACCUCAAGUGGCAGACCCAGGGCUUCCGGCCCUUCGUCGAGGUCUUCCUCAUUGGCCCCCACCUCAGUGACAAGAAGAGAAAGUUUGCCACAAAGUCCAAGAACAACACCUGGUCUCCCAAGUUCAGCGAGAGCUUCCAGUAUGCCCUGGGCACAGAGGUGGGCCCGGAGAGCUAUGAGCUGCAGGUGUGCGUGAAGGACUACUGCUUCGCCAGGGAGGACCGCACCGUGGGCAUGGCCCUGAUCCAGAUGAAGGACAUGGUCUCCCGAGGCAGCGCCACCUGCUGGAUGCCCCUGGGGAAGCGGGUGCACAUGGACGAGACGGGGCUGACCGUGCUAAGGAUCCUGUCCCAGCGCAACAACGACGACGUGGCCAAGGAGUUCGUCAAGCUCAAAUCAGACCAGCGGUCUACGGAGGAGGGCCGGGCCAGCUGAGGAGAGAGACCACACACACACACACAUACACACAGGACAUAUUUCUACACACAGAUACACACAGAUACAGUCCAGUCCAGUAUAUAUUAUCAUAUGCAGAUACAAGAGAGAAUUAUGUACUGGGUUUAGCCACAUACACAAUGAAUAUACAUACACAAUAAAUACACACACACACACACUGUCAACACCCACGUACAGAGCCAUGUUUGGCAGCACUGAUAUCCUUCUCCAACAUCCUUCCUCCUGAAGCCAGUGUAACAGUGGGCUCAGUGUAGGAUUUACAAUCAUGCCAGACACAUCAGCUCUAACUAUUGAUCUCAUCAUCUCUGUCUCUGUCUCAUGCACACCAUAAAUCAAUCCUGUUCCAUUCCCACCUCUCUCUGUGCACCCCACACUAUUACAAUUGUACAUUUUGAAUCUAGAGAUGUGAUAUAUAAAACAAAACGUAUGCGGUCAUGCGCGUUUGAGACAGAUCACUUUGCACUUUGAUUCUUUGCUUCUUCUGGAACUUGGUGGUGAGCCCCCGCUCCUCCUCUGCCUGCCUGCGUGUCUGUCCUCUCAGCCGCUCCUCCGUCUUGUCUCCAUCGUACUCCUGGUGCCCGCUCUUCCUGCUGUGUGACGUGUUGUGUGGAGGCCUGCCUCCGACUGGUCCAACAUCAGGGCCCAAAUAAUCACUAGAGAGGAGAAACUACCGGAUGAUCCUAGCCCGGCAACUAGGCCGGCGUCCCCCUAGUCUUGGUCACGUGAUGUGUUCCCCGCAUGUUGACCCCCGACCCCCUCAAGAACACUGUGACUCACUCUUUGUUACAGAGGCAACAGAUGAACAGACCCUCUACCCCCGCUCACUCAUCCACCCGCGCAGACACGCAUACGAUGUCGACACCCCGCAGUGUGGCAACAUUGAACCUUGUACACAUCACCUCGGGCACUUAUAUUUCGAGACAGAGAAUACAUGGACGUGGAAGCAUCGGAUAGGAGCUGAGGAGCAUUUUGUGGGAUAAGACGACGCGUGUGAUGGAGGAGACUUGUUUGGGAACAACAUGAUGGGUCCUAGUGCAUGUUGAAACACGGUGUGGUGUCACAGACACCAACACCUUUAGUCACAUGAUGCUUUGUGGUCCCUGGCCUUCAAGCCAUUUACAUUCAGUCAUUUCAGUCAUCAUUCAGUCAAGCCCCAGGCACAACUCUCACUCACAUGAUCUCACUACCAAGGAGCAAUACCCAAAACAUCCGAUAGACUAUCCCAUGUUGCUGUUCCAGUAUGUUCACCUGUGUUGAUCUCCCUUGCACAAUUAAAGCAAAGGGCUACAUGACCAACAGACGGGACUGAUGUCACACAAACACGUUAUUCUGUGGUGCAAUACUGUGUGUUGUUCUAGUGGCAAACCAGCCAUGUGAUUUUCCCCUUGUCACAUCCCCUGUUCUCCCGGAUGACUGUAGGAGUCUGUCUGAAGGGCCUUCUUUGACGUAUUCACACUUUGGAUGUCUGACUUCAUAAUGAGUCUGUGAGACAAUGUGAUUACAGAACAAGAGACCUGGUUCCCUCCUCACAUCUCGGACUGCGGGUCAUGAAUUCUCCAUCCGCGGCGUCACGGUAACACACCCGUAUGUGAGUCCACCAACGGCAGUGCACAGGACUGCCCAUGUCUUGACUGCUCGACGAAGCUCUCGUCUUUCUCAAUCCCUAUACCUCCGUCGGAUCUGUGUCUCUGAGGCAAUACCUAUCUGGCUGGUUGUUUGGCCACUUAGUUCCAUUCUAAAAAAUGAAAAGCCUAUGCUAUACCUGUGAGCCCUGUAUGUACACUUUAUGCGUGAUUGUGUGGGUGUGCGUGUGAUCUGAAAAUGGACAUCAGACAUAUUAUCUCAGUGUGGUGGCAAGCAAUAUCCUUAACCCAAAUGUAAACUCUGCACAUACACAGUACCUGUCCUGUAGUACACUUCGUAGGAGUACGAACUGCAAUAUCCUGCUGAAAGGAACAGAUCUGUCGUGGACUUCUAUCACAAUACCCAUCUCAUAGAAGAGUGUUCGUAUGCAUGCUUUCCAUGGACUAUUAUGUUGGAGUACCAAACUCUGAAUUGAUAUUGAGAAUUUGACUGACAUCUGACCUUAUCCUACGUGCUGGAUGACCAAGGACUUGUUCGGAGAAGAGUCUUGUGGAGUACGCGAUAAUCAUAAUGGUGACAUGGACUCAACUCAAACGGACCAGCUUGUGUUUUUCUAAGACAGUGAAUGGCUUCCUGGUUGAACUCUUGUGAAAACGACUCUCACCACCACAUUCACUCCUGCCUCCCUAAACCACACGCUUCUCACAGGGCAUCUCCAGUUUAUACAAGAGACCCCAUUUGAAUGACAUGUUGAUUUGAAUGCUGUUGAAAGUUGAUAUUGCCAACGAUAGGUGGGAGCACAAUGUGUACUGCUGAGUAAAGAAGGUCAUGGCUUGGUGAGCAUGGGGACACGCUAGUGCUGCUGUUUCCUAUCCUGAGGAGCCUAAUAGGAAACUGACUGAUGAUGAUGAAUGAAGACGUAACAGAAAAUGGCAGGACGGUUGUUUUACUCAUUGCACCUCUGUUCAACCAAAUACAAGGGAUCUGAAUGUCAUUGCUAAUCACAAUGGCCUUUUGCCUUUUCUCUCACAUCAUGUUAAAGGGAUAGUUCACCCAAAACAGGUGCCAACCUAUGCCUUUUAUUGAGGCCUGCAGAGUUCACCUAAUGAAUGAUGCAGACUUAAAACCUUUUGUUGUUGACACUGAUUUUUUUUAUAACGAACUACCCCUUUAAUUCUCAAUAUAUGAUUUUUAGAUACAGUACUUAUGGCUAGUGGAUGAAUCUUUGGCAAAGCAUUUGUGCUGGUGCCACAAUAAGUGAGAAUGUAUCAAGUAGACAGUGUUAGCCAGUUUUGUCCAUAACAUGCAGCCUCUCACUACGUAGCCCAAGACAUUCCUACAACUCUUAAUGCAUGUACACACACACACACAAACCUAUGGUCAAGCACAAAAGGGCACAUUUGAGAUGACACACAUGCAUGUUAGCACGCUGACACAUCUCUAUGGCGACAAGUGAUGCCCACUCUGUGAAUAAAAACUACAAGUGCAUGAUGGGAAAAUGAACUUUAUCGUGUCAGCACGUGUCUCUUUGAUGUUACCUGCCAACAUAUAUUUUAUUUCAAUUUCUACACCUAUGUGGUGCACCUAUAAGGUAAACAUUUUUAUUUUUCAAACAGCUUGUGGAUACAUUAACUGUAACAAAUAUGAAUGUAGCGUGUACACGGAAAUCGCAUGAGAGAAUUAUUUUCUACUGAGGAUGUUUCUAAUUUGUUUCUAAUCAUUAUUAUUGAUUGUUCUUUAAUGAGGUUGAAGUGGAAUUGGAAUGCAGCCUGGUCAUUAUCUGCUUCCUAUU